AAUAUAUUGCUAAGAAACUGGGAUAUUUUGAAAGAAUUGGAAGACUUACCAUGAGUUUAAACACUUCAAUUCAUGUCACUAGUGAUAGUCAAAGGUUGAAGACUGCCUCACCUGAUCUAAAACAAAUGCUUAAAAGUGAAACAGAUAUGGAUAUUACUGCUGAUCUCAGAAAGAAACUCCAUCGGGCAAAGAAAGAAAAAUUGGAAAUAACAACCAAGCAUAAUGCUGAGCUGGCAAAUUAUGAGAGCCAGAUUGCGAAGUUGCGAUGUGAGGUUGAAAAAGGAGAGGCAUUGCGGCAAAGUCUAGAGUAUGACCUGGCUGUUGCGAGAAAGGAAGCUGGUCUUGGAAGACGGGCUGCUGAAGAGAGAUUGGCUGAGGCUCAUAGGAUCCACGAAAAGCUCUGUGCUCAAAACACAGAACUUCAAGGAAAAGCAAGUGAGAUUGAGAAAUUAUUCCAGAUAUCUCAGCAAAAAUGGAAAGAAGAAUGUAGAAGAUUUGAGUGUGAUUUGGAAGAAAGAGACAAUAUCAUUCAAAAUUGCAAUCAAGAAUAUGAUUUACUUAUGAGAGAAAAAAGCAAAUUAGAGAAAAUGUUACAGGAUGCAUUGGAAAACCAUCAACAGGAGAAGAAUGAGAUGGAGUCUUUUAUCAGGGAGACAGCAUUGGAGGAGUUUAGAUUACAAGCAGAAAAAUGGGAAACAGAAAGAAGAGAGUUACAGUCUAUAGUACAGGAACAAGACAGUGCUGUACAAUGUAUGCACAAGAAAGUAGAAAAAUUAGAAGCAGAACAUAUGAACUGCUCUGACCUUUUACGGCGACAAACAAGUGAACUUGAACUUAGCACUCAACGUGAAGAAUGUCUUCGAAAAGAAUUUGAGGUAACUACUCUAAGAAUGAGGAAAUUAGAAGAAAAUAUUGAAGCAGAAAGAGCAGCACAUUUGGAAUCAAAAUUUAAUUCUGAAAUUAUUCAGUUACGAAUUCGAGAUCUUGAAGGAGCAUUGCAGGUAGAAAAGGCCAGUCAAGCAGAAGCUGUUGCUGAUUUGGAAAUGAUCAAGAAUGAAUUCAAAGAAGUUGAAAAUGCAUAUGAGCGAGAAAAGCUUAAUGCACAAGAGAGCUUUACAAAACUAAAUUUAUUAGAAAGAGAGUUUCUCUCCAAAAACAAGAAACUAAAUGAAGAGAUCGAGGAACAGAAGAAAGUAAUUAUAGACCUUUCAAAGAGACUUCAGUAUAAUGAAAAAAGUUUCAGUGAAUUACAGGAAGAACUUGUAAUGGCUAAGAAGCACCAAGCCUUUCUAGUGGAGACAUGUGAAAAUAACGUCAAAGAAUUGGAUUCGAUCUUGGACAGCUUUACUGUGUCGGGCCAGUGGACAUCAGGCAUCCACAAGGACAAAGAUAAAGUUCCCAGCUUCUCAGUUGUCCUUGAGACUUUGAGGCGUACCUUGACAGAUUACCAGAACAAGCUGGAAGAUGCAUCUAAUGAGCUAAACAACAUGAAUGAUGCCAAGGAAAACACAUUCAAUGAACUCAAUUCUGCCAAACAGAAGAUAGAUUCUCACACUAAAAAUAUAAAGGACCUUCAGGAUAAAUUGAAUGAUGUCAAUAAAGAGCUUAGUCAUUUGCGCACUAAAUGUGCUGACAGAGAGGCGCUAAUAAGUACUUUGAAACUGGAGCUGCAAAAUGUGCUACACUGUUGGGAGAAAGAAAAGGCAAGAGCAACUCAAGCUGAAUGUGAACUAAAGAAGCUUUCCCAGGCUUUCCAUAAGGAUGGCGAGGAGAAGCUAACUUUCCUUCAUACCUUGUAUCAGCACUUGAUAGCAGGUUGUGUGCUCAUGAAACAACCAGAAGGCAUGCUGGAUAAAUUCUCUUGGUCUGAGCUUUGUUCAGUCUUGCAGGAGAAUGUUGAUGCCCUGAUUGCAGACCUCAACAGGGCUAAUGAGAAGAUAAGUCAUCUGGAAUAUAUCUGCAAAAAUAAGUCUGAUACCAUGAAAGAACUUCAGCAGACCCAGGAGGAUACCUUCAGUAAAGUAGCAGAGCAGAUGAAAGCCCAAGAAAACUGCUGGCACAAACAGAAAAAGGAACUGGAAUUUCAGUACUCUGAACUUCUCCGGGAGGUACAGAAGAGGGCACAGAAAUUUCAAGAAAUUGCUGAAAAAAAUACAGAAAAAUUAAAUCGCAUUGAAAAGUCACACGAACAGUUGGUUCUUGAAAAGUCACACUUCAAAAACGUGUUAUUACAGACUCAGAGGGAACAGACAUCCUUGUUGGCAGCCUGUGCAUUGAUGGCUGGUGCACUAUAUCCUCUCUAUAGCAGGUCAUGUGCUUUGUCGACACAGAGAGAUCUUCUCCAGGAGCAGGUCAACACAUUUGAGUUGUUCAAGUUGGAAGUAAGAGCUUUAGCCCAUGCUUUGUCAACUGUAGAGGAGAAAAAGCAAGAGGAAGCCAAGAUUCAGAAAAAGCCGUUCAAAGGACUGAUUCGUAUUUUCCGGAAAGGAGUUAUUGCAGUUUUGGCUACAAACAGACUGAAGCAUUUGGGUCAGUCAUGUGCCUCUCUUUUUACCUGGAUGGAGAGUUUCAAAGAAGGCAUAGGCAUGUUAGUGUGUACAGGAGAGCCCAAAGACAAGCAUAAAUUUCCAAAACAUCAAAAGGAACAGUUACGCUGUUUCCAAGCACUCAGUUGGCUCACCAGUUCUGACCUUCUUAAUGCAAUAAUCACUUCUAUGGCUGAACUACAAGAUGUCAUUAGUAAAACAGAUCCAAAUUCCAGAAUUAGUGGACAUUUACUCAUAGGUGCAGCCAAGAAUUCCUUUGCAAAACUCAUGGAUAAAAUUAGUUUGGCAAUGGAGAGUAUACCUUUACAGAGUAGUAGGAGUAUUACAUAUGUAGAAAAAGAUUCCCUGGUUCAGCGGCUGGCUCGUGGACUUCAUAAAGUAAACACAUUGGCCUUGAAAUAUGGUCUAUCUGGGCAUGUGCCCGUUUUGAAAAGCACAGCAUCUUUGCAGAAGCAAAUACUUGGAUUUACGCAAAGAUUACAUGCUGCAGAGGUGGAACGUCGUUCGUUGCGCUUAGAGGUCACAGAAUUCAAAAGAAAUGCGAAUGAAAUGAAAAAGGAGCUUGAAAAAGCACAAGGACUCCAAAUGCAAUUAAAUGAAUUUAAGCAUUCUAAAUUGAUCACCCAUGAGAAGUUUGAAAGUGCAUGUGAAGAGCUGAAUAAUGCAUUACUUCGGGAACAGCAAGCACAAAUGCUGUUGAAUGAACAAGCACAACAACUACAGGAAUUAAAUUACAGACUUGAAUUGCAUUCCAGUGAGGAAGCUGACAAAAACCAAACUCUUGGAGAAGCUGUAAAGAGUCUCUCCGAGGCAAAGAUGGAGCUGAGAAGAAAAGAUCAAUCUCUGCGUCAGCUCAAUAGACAUCUAACCCAGCUGGAGCAGGACAAGCGUCGACUGGAGGAGAACAUCCAUGAUGCAGAGAGUGCCCUCCGCAUGGCAGCCAAAGACAAAGAAUGUGUUGCUAAUCAUAUGAGAACAGUAGAAAAUAUGCUUCAUAAGGUCAGAGAUCAGAUCUCACUGUCACGGACUGCGGCAAGUAGGAAUGACUUCACCCUGCAGCUACCCAAACUCCACCUGGAAACCUUUGCAACGGAGGGGCUCAAGGGCGGGCCAGAGGUUGUAGCAUGCCAGGCUAUGAUUAAAAGCUUCAUGGAUGUCUACCAGCUUGCAAGUAACAGAAUCACUACACUAGAGAAAGAAAUGACGUCACAUCGAAGUCACAUUGCAACCUUGAAAUCAGAACUUCACACAGCUUGUUUACGGGAAAAUGAAAGUUUGCAAUCAAUAGGAUCACGAGACCAUUCAAAUCUCUCCAUUCCUUCAAGAGCUGCUCUUCCUGCUGGCAGAAUAAAUGUUGGGGAUUUCUUGCCUUUGAAAGCUGAACUUGAUACUACUUACACUUUCUUAAAGGAGUCAUUGAUACAGCCUGCGCCCCGAACUUCAUCAUCAUCUUACUCCUCUCCAGUGACUAUGUCUUCUAAUGCCAAAAGACUGACUCUGACUGGAUUAUAA